CCCAAGUCCUCCCUCUCACGAAAAUCUCUGCUUCUCUUUUCUCGUAAUUGGACAUUUUACGCGAUUCUCCUUCUUUUAUCGCCUCCUCUCCUAAUGGACGUCAAACUACGGAAGUUCACAUAUUGGCUUGAGAAGACUGCGGAUUGAGGAGCUCAAUGACCUUUUAGAAGUAUCUAGCCAAGGGGAUCGGGAGACUUUUAAGAAGAAGUGUGCCCUGCAAGUAAAGGAUCUUUGCAAUCUGCUGAAAAUUGCUGGUAAUUACGACUUCCAGACCAGCAUAGUGGAAGCUAUCUUUCGUUUAUCUACCACGGCAGAGAGAGUGCGCAGUGUUAGCCAGUGGUUUCUCAUGGUGGAUUGCACUGUGCAUUCUCUUUUCACCAGAAUUUCAGACUUUGAGCCUGAUUGUCGUAGGUUUCUCAAUGCUUACAAUGCAGCACUUGGUCGUUAUCGAUUAGUUUACACAUUUCCCUGUCUUAGUGCUUUUGUUGGGGAACUGCAGCUUGUAAAGCCUAAGGCUGCAAACUAUGAGAAGUUUUGGGUGGACUUCAAUACAGCUUGCAGCUCUGUUCUUCUUUUCCACCAAAUGAUGGAUUCCACUCCAGAACAACCCUGGGAAAGCCUAACAGUGACCUUCGAUGACAUCAAGACGGUGACACUUUACCGCGCUGUUCAUUCCUUUAGACUGGUGUUUGUGAUGAAACAUAUAGAAAACACGGUCACUCUUUUUAGCUCCCCGUUGCUGCAGAAAUGCAAGGACCUGGUGUCAGAUACUAUCUCUCUGGAGUUUGAAUGUUCCGAGUUACUACAGAAAGCUGCUUACCUCUUGUAUGAAGAACGACUGAAUGUUAUCAGCCAGGAACCAGAGGCCUUGAAAUUUGGGAAAAAACACAAAAAGAGUAAGGAUAGUUCUUCUUCAGGCUCAGGGCAGAAAAUGUCAAGCAGUGUUGUAGUUCCUUGUACGUUAGAAGUCCUCUCAACGGACUCUCAGAUUUCAGCUAGACAGCAACCUGCAAAGAAGCAAGGUGGUUGUUUGUCAGCACAUUCUGGACACUCCUCUGGGAAGAAAACUUCUGUUUCCAAACAAGAGCUAUUUCUGGACACAGAGGAUACUCAGUUUACACCUUCUGAAAAGGUGUCACCACAGAAAUCAACCAAGAAAUUCAAGGCAUCUGUAAGCAUCAUGGACAUUGAUGCAUGUGCAAGUCCAGUUGGAAUUGAAGGAAUUACAAAAAAUACCAAGGCAUCUAUUACUGUAGUGCCAUGUGUAAGCACAAUUAUGGGAGAACCUGAUGGAAAUGUUCAAAAUCAGGACAGAAAGGAGUGUGUUGAUUCACCACACAUUAGUGGUUCCCUUGACAGGUACCUACCAACCCAAGAUACAGAUCUGCUGAACAGAGCUAUGGAUUCCUAUGAAGGCAAAGAAAAACAGAAGAAGCUUGACAGUUCAUCUGAAAGUGAUAAGGAGAUUGUGCCUUGCUCACUUAGUACGCAAGAGAGGUGGGAGUCACAUAGGGUUCAUGUUGAUCUAAGGUCAAGGAAGAAGCAGUGUCAAGAGCUGCCAGUUGUUGAUUCUUCUGGGGAUUUGGGAGCCAAAGCAAGGAGUAAAAUAUCAGAGGAUGAGAUUGAAGGUCAGAGUAAGUACUUCAGAAAAAGGAGCAACAGAAAUAUACAAGGUGAAGAGGAUUUUGUUCCUGAGGUGGGAUUAAUGCAGCCAGACUCGAAAGAGAAAGAGAUUGCAGUUCCAGAGGCAACCUCUAGUGAUUUGCCAAUGCAGGAGACAGAAUGUAAAGAGGCCAUGGUUUCUGAGUUGAGACCAGUACAGCCACAUUCAAAGGGUAGAGAAACUGUAGUUCAGGAGGCAACUCCUAAUGAUUUACCAGUACAAGGAAAAGGGGAACUUCAACAGAAUAGCAUGGAAUGCAAAGAAGCAGUGAUUUCUGAGGUGAGUCCAGUACAGGCAGACUCAAAGAACAAAGAGACUGUAGUUCCUGUGGUAACCCCAGAGGCAACCCAUAACGACUUGCCAGUGGAAGAAAAGAGGAGCCUUAGGAAAAAAAGUUCCAGGCAACCUAACAAAUCUCAAAUGAUGACUCCCAAGACCUACCCUUUACGCAGCCGUUCCAAGUUAUCUGAUGAGAAAUACAAGGACUCCUAUGUACAUGCAAAGGCCUCUUCUGUUGGUCCAAAAGCAAAACAGAGAAAGUCUUUAGGAGCAUCACCCAAACUUAAGAGGUCAUCCUCACCAAGUUAUCCAACUUUGAAGUUCACUUCGCCUUUGGUGGGCUCAUUACCACAGGCUGAAUCUUCUCCCAUGGGAAAACUCAGGUCAGACGGAAAGCAUUCAAAGGAUUAUCUUGAAACUUCAAAGUGGUCACCAUCCACCUCUAAUGAUGAUGUUGGAGAUAACUCAGAACAUGCUAUAAAAGGUGAGACUUAUAAACAUUGUAAAAGUAGGCAGCGAGUUCCAAAAUUAAAUUAUUCUCUGCCUGAUCCAGUAGAUGCGGAGGCUGUUGAGGCUGCAGUGUCAAAGAGCCCCAGACCAACAACACCAAGUACAUUAGGUUCUACUUCUGUGAUACAUAACUCUCCCCGCUCUGUAUCAAAAUAUGAUAAGAAACAGAAGAUUUCUUCACCUACUCCAGUUCUUGCAGCCUCAGAACAUGACCAUCAAAAACAUGUAGCUUUAAGCAUUAAUACAUUAAAGCAUGAUAAUCUGCAACUUCAUACGCAUUAUCAACUUGACCCAGGUAAUAAAGAAAUUUCAGAAACCAGCACAUUAAAUAAAUCAGACCUUAAAUGUCCUGAGACAUCAAAAGUCAGUUCUUUCCCAAAUCAAGGUGAUGAAAAUUCCAGUGGAGGUGAACCAGUGGCAGGAAAAUUAAAUGUUUCACCACAACCAGAUGAAUAUAUGUCUAAUGACUUCUAUGCAACUCCUGAUGUUGCAUUAACAGAAGCAGAAAAGCCUUUGAUUAAUACAUUGCAAUCUGAAGCAGACACAGUGAAGCCUGUUUCAUCAGCAAUAGUUACUCUUGCUCAAGAAAGCACCCCAGUUACUUCUGUGACUGCCAUAGUACACAGAGAUGACACAGGUAUUAUAACACCUCAUAUUCACACACAAACAGAAUUUCCAAGUUUUCCCAUGAGGCCAGAUGUAAAGUGGCCAGAUACCCCUAGGCCUACUUUUGAAUCUGACCCAUGCUUAUCUCCAUUGCUUAUGCCAGAUGGUAAUGUACCUUGUACAGAAGUACCAAAUAGGUCACCAGAUAUAAGCAACCCCAUGUUAACUGGAUCCUUUUCAGCAGUGCUAGAUGGUGAAGUGUUGAAGGAAAAUCUCUCUGGUUCCCCAAGCCCCAACUUCCUGGAUGCAGGAGAGGGUAUAUCCAAGUCACCAGUUUUUUUCAAGGAAGCUCAGGAGAAAACUACCAAAGAUAAGGCAUAUCGGGAUCAUGCAUCAGAUCUAAGGAGUGGGUUAGGCUGUACCAUUGAUUGCAGUCCACUUGAUGGGUCUCUAGGAAAAACAGCUGAAGAGGAUGGGGCUGGUAAGUGUGCAAAUACUAGUGAAAGAAAUGUGUAUGAUACUAAUGAUAAGAGGAGUGAAGAAGUGGCUAGAUCAGAUUUAGUUAAGAAUAAAGGAAAUAUAAUGCAAGAUGAGGUAGAGCAAGAAACCAUUCCAAAUGCAUCAGUAUUAAAUUUCCUGGGAAGUGGAAAAAGUCCAAGCAAAACUCUGAUGUCAACACUUAAGAUUUUGGCUGAAUAUCCAGUUAAACCAUCGGGAUUGAGGACCCCAGGCAAGCAGUUUAAACUUAUAAAAAAUGCAGACUCAAAUGAAUCAAGAAGUAAAGCUAACACCUACCCAGCAAAAAAAAAAACUAAGACUGUAUAUCCUCCGGGUAGAAGCAAGAGUACAUCUCCCACUUUCACUGAUCUGAAGGAAUGUGUUAAAAGUAAGAAAAAGCUUUAUGAUGUUUUUACUGAGUCAAUGCUCAUUGAGACACCCCCUGAAAAUACCAGUAUUACAGAUAUUAGUGGAGGAAGAAAUGACAAGGAGCUUUACCCAUCUGAACAGAAAAGAUCUAGUACAAGCAGUAUUAAGAGGAGGCAAAAUGAAACAUACACUCUAGAGAAAAAAAACUCAGUGAAUCAGUCACUGAGUACAGGGCCUGAGUCCUUUGGUCAUGCAGACAGUGCCGGAGUAGAUUCAGGACUGAAGGAUACAGCAGGAAAACCGAAGAGGGGUAGGGGAAGGCCCCCUCUGUCAUCAAGAGGCAAGGAAACUGGAAACUGUAGCAAAUCCACAAAGAACAAAAAAGGCAAACGACUUGGGGACACCACAGAGGCGGGAGGCUUCCUUGAAUACCCAGAGAUAAAGGACCCGUCACCAAGAAGCCAUACUGUUUAUUCUGAUUUUGAUUUUGACUCAUCCCACCCUGAGACAGACCACAGCUGGAUGUAUGAGAAGAAGAAAAAGAAGAAAAACUUUGUUUGUCACACCUAUAAAAACAGGAGCAAAUUGAGAUCAUUGACAAAGGAAAGCAGUGAAGAUGAAUGGGCUCCCUUUAAGCUAAGGAAAAAGUGGUCACGAAAACGACCUGAGAACCUCCAAUCAGACUCAAAUAACGAGGAAAAUCAUGCUAAAAAGCCACGCAGGGAGAAACGGCCAAGAAAUUGUCAGAAGCAUAUUUCAUAUGAAGAAGACACUACAGACUCGGAAUUCAGUAAGAACAAGAAGAGGCAUUUAGAUAGUUCAAAGGGCUUGGUUAGUACUGAAAACAGCUUAGCAUGGCAGGCGAGAGUAGAGAGACAAGAGUCGCCAGAACUAUUAAGAAACACUAGCAGAAGUUCAGUAGAUUCAGGACCUCCAAACUUACUGGAUUUCAAGCUCACUGCAACAAAAAUCAGAGAUAAGGAUGCUAAAAUACAAAAAAUCAAAUCUGGUAUUGCUGAAAACUUUGGUUUUUCUUCCCAAGAGGAAAAUGAUACUCGCCACAGCAAGACUGUCAGUAAAAGAAUACGUAAAUCGAUUGAGGACACUGAAAUUAAAGACAUGUUGCAGAAAAUACUACCCCAGCAAGAAAAGGCAGCAAGAGUAAGACCAGAUCCUGAGCUUCUGGUCAAUCUCUCUGAUCAGCAUACUGUUCCCCAGCCACCAAAUAAUACACCUGUCUCCAUGGAGGUAAACCCUAAUAUGUCACAUCCAUUUGAUGUGGAUGAUCCAGCACAAUUAAUUUUAGAUGUUGCUGCUAGUCCAGAGGAUCCCUCUGAGAAGUUAGAAAUGUUAAAUAGCACACAGAAACCCAGGGAUGUUGAUACUGCACAAAUUUUUGAUGUGGAUGAAAUAAGUCAAAUAAUGAAAAACAAAACCGAUUUUCCAAAUGCUUCUUGUGGUCCACUACAAAGCACCUUAAUUCAUGAACCAGAGUCCUGCUUAGUAAACCAGGGUAGGUUUAGCUACAUUUCAGAAGCAGAUAAUUCAUAUAUUGAACAAUUAGAGAGCCACGGUUCAGCUACAGGAUUGAAUUCUGCAGUUGAUAAUGAAGGAGCAAGCAAUGGCACAUCAUACAUAGAUAGUGAUGCAAAUCCCUUACUAAGAUUGGAUGAAUCCAUCAGUGAAGAUCCUGAUUAUGAGCGCGUCAGCAUGAUUCCCAGGCACCCAGGAUCUUCGCCAUCAGAUGAAGGUUCGCCAGCAGUAGGCGAAAAUUGUUCAGAUUGUUCCCCGUUAACUAUAACCAAAACCACACACACAGCAACACCUGAAAUCACAGAGUCUGCUAUUGUGUCAGAAUCAGUUAUAAGAGCAACAGAACUCUCACCAGUGUCGCCAAAAAGCCUUCCAGUGCCAUUGUUGGAGCUUUACAGUAGAGCUGAAAAUCCUAAAACAUGCAAUUUAGGUCAUAUACAAGAGGCACAAAAUGUAGGUGAUAAAGAUUCAUUAAAAGCACAGCAACCAGUACAAGAGGGAAGUAAAGGUCUUAGUACAAAAAAGGAGGAUUAUAACAAUGUUAUUAGUGAACUUGCUGGACUUCAGAGUGAUACCAGACUAGCAUCUCAAACAACUUCCAAACUUACCAACAUAUUGGAAAGAUUAUCAAAUAAUGGGAAUGAAGAAACACAUGGAAACAACUUGCAUACACCCUGUAUACAUGAGGAAAUGCUGCAGAAAACACCACCACGCCCAGUCCCAAGGGACCUUUUCAACACGGCUAAAGGUUCAGGAACAGUAACAGAUGAUGCCAAUAUAAAAAUAAUGUAUGAUGUGUUAAAUACAUUAUGGACACCAAUGUCUAAUGCAUCUUCAGCUCUUAACAGGUUGGUAAUUUGCUAAUAUUAU